GAGGCCUUGUGCGCCCACGCGCCCGCGCGGUUCCAGCGGCGGCCGCAGCCGCAGCCGCCAACGGAGGGGAGCGGCCGCGCCAGCCUCCGCAGAGAGGCCUUGGCGGCGUCGGUGGCCACGCCGCUGCGCAAGAGGCAUUCCGAGCCCACCGCGGCAGAGGAGGCGCUGCUGCGGCAGAUCACGCCUGUGAAGCUCGCGAAGGCGGAGGCCAAGAGGCCCCGACACCUCGCGCGGCUUGCCUCGUGCCCGGCGUGCAUAUCGCGAGAGGAUUCCCGAGCUGGCUGGAGAGUGAGCCCGCGGGAGAUCUUCCACAGCCCGCCAGAGAUUCCAGGAGCCCUGCCUCGCAGCAGGUGCGGUCUGACACUGCGGCCGGCGUUGCCCCCGCGCGCUGACGAAUUCGCUCCUUCUCCUCCUCGUCCUCUCUGCUUCCUCGUUCGGGAUUCCUUCGUCUCUUCCUUCUCCUCCUUCUCCUCCUCCGUGGGCCUCCAGACCAGCUCUUUUUACAUCCCUCGGCGCGGGGCCCGCGCGCGCCGAAGAGGGGUGCACGCUUGGUC